CUCUCUUUUGUCUUGGGCAUUCCGAUUCCGUUAUUAUGUCAUUAUCUAAAUUGUUAAUUGAGAAGGGAUAAAAAGCAGGUCCAUUUAUAAAUUAAAAAGAAGCAAGACUUGGGUGGAGUUAUGACGGGGGAAGUGAAGCUGCCUCUGCGCGCUGGACGGGAACAACAACAGCAGCAGCAGCCGCUAAACUCACCAUCUUCAUCUUCAUCCUCAUCCACAUCAACCGAUAAGCGACGCAGGCGGCGCAACAUGUCGAAGCUCUCACCAGGACUGAAGGCGCUGAUCAACGCGCCAUUUGCGAGGCCCGGGCCGUGCAGGGUCGCAAAGGGCGCUGCGUCGGCGGUGAUGGGGGAGGUGUUUCGGGGCAUUGCGCGGGAGGCGAGGGGGAAGGGCGUUGGCGCGAGAGCCUGGCUGGCGAUUUCUGCUGCUGCUACCUUCACGCUCAACUCGCCUGACGCGCUCUCCAUCCUCCACGGCAUCGCCACAGCCGAACGAGGAGGCUCUCCAGCAGCCGAGGUGCGCACCGCGGAAUUCAUCCGCGAGGUCGGCCUCAAGUGCAUCUCCUUCAACGGCAUCCCGCGCACCAUCAACUGCCUCAACGCCUUCCACGCGUCUCUCCCGGAGCACGUCACGGCAGCGCUGGGCAGGGAGCCGUCGCGCACGCUGAAGGCGGACAACGUGGAGGGCGUGAAAGCCCGGGGCAGAGGGCUGUGGGAUUCGAUCUACGCGCCGUUUGAGGACAAGCUGGUUGAGAAGCUGGGCGUGUCGCAUCCGGAUCUGCCCGUGGUGAUUCUGAAUUGCCAUUACGGCCCGCUGCUGUCUGAUCCGGAGGGGGGCCAGACGAAGAGGGGGCUGGGGAGGGUCAUGACGAGCUUGGUGGCGGUGGCGGCCUUGAGGGCGCAGACGGGCGUUGGGCCGCAGGUUUUGUCGCAUGUGUUUGGGCUGAGGAAGGCGGUUGAUGAUGGGACGUUUCGGGAUGAUUUGGAGGUUGAAGGUGCGGGGAGGGAGGAGAGUGAGAGCGAGGAAGGGGUGAGGUGGUUGGCUGGGGAUGAGGGAGGAGAGUGGAUGUUGAAGGCUGUAGAUAGGAUUGUGGAUGGAUUGGGAGGAAGUAAUUUUGGAGCGAAGCUAUGAAUGGCGAUUAUGAUGCUUUUGUAAUGAGAUGUAGAUUUGAAUACUGUUAGUCUUACUUUUUACAAAUAUACACGUAGACAAGUUGUAUAUCAGGACGGAAU